GAGAGUGACCGAAGGAGGGUGGUUACCGAUUUGAUUCUUGUCUUCCUCCUCACUGUUCCCCUGUCUUCAUAACAAACCAUCUAUACAUAACAACAACACUCAACCUCACUCACACUCGCUAUCUUCACAAUUCGAGAUCUGAAUCCAAAUCGAAGAGAGUGAGAUAGAUAGCGUGUGAGAGAGAUUGCGAAAUGAGGGAACCGUCGUCGGUGGGAUUCGAAGGCAACGGCAUCGUUUCUCCGCCGCCCCAAGCUCUCCUCGAGAGACUCAAAGACUUCGGUCAGGAAGACGCUUUCGCCCUCUGGUAUGAGCUCUCCCCCGAGGAACGAGACCUUCUCGUCAAGGACAUUGAGAGUUUAGAUCUUUCGCGAAUUGACCGGAUUAUUCGGUGCUCGCUGCGAUCUCAAGGACUGCCGUCGGCGGCCAUUGAGCCUGUGCCGGAGAACAGUGUGUCCACCGUGGAGGAUAGAAGCCAAGAGGAUCGCGAGAGAUGGUGGAAAAUGGGGUUGAAAGCUAUUUCAGAUGGCAAGUUAGCUGUGUUGCUUUUAUCCGGUGGCCAGGGUACUCGACUAGGAAGUUCGGAUCCAAAAGGAUGUUUCAAUAUUGGACUUCCAUCUGGAAAAUCACUCUUCCAACUUCAAGCUGAGAGGAUUCUGUGUGUCCAAAGACUAGCGGCUCAAGCUACAAAUGAGAAUUCUGCUUCUUCGGUACAAGUACACUGGUACAUAAUGACUAGUCCAUUCACGGAUGAGGCAACACGAAAAUUCUUUGAAAGUCAUAAAUUUUUUGGUCUCGAGGCUGAACAGGUUACCUUUUUCCAACAAGGAACAAUCCCUUGUGUUUCUAAGGAUGGCAGAUUUAUUAUGGAGACUCCAUACAGGGUAGCAAAGGCUCCUGACGGGAAUGGCGGGGUGUAUUCAGCUCUGAAAUCAACCAAAUUAUUGGAGGACAUGGCCUCAAAAGGAAUUAAGUAUAUUGAUUGCUAUGGAGUUGAUAAUGCACUGGUUCGUGUUGCUGAUCCAACAUUUUUAGGCUACUUUAUUGAUAAAGGUGUUGCUGCUGCUGCAAAAGUUGUCCGCAAGGCAUAUCCACAAGAAAAGGUUGGUGUGUUUGUACGACGAGGCAAAGGUGGUCCUCUUACCGUUGUUGAAUAUAGUGAAUUGGAGUCAUCACUAGCUUCUGCAGUCAAUCAAGCAACUGGCCGUCUUCGUUUUUGUUGGAGUAACGUCUGCUUACACAUGUUCACUCUGGAUUUUCUGAACCAAGUAGCAAAUGGCCUUGAAAAAGACAGCAUUUAUCAUCUCGCAGAGAAGAAAAUACCUUCCAUACAUGGAUAUACAGUGGGAUUAAAACUUGAGCAGUUUAUAUUUGAUGCGUUUCCAUAUGCUCCUACGACUGCACUUUUUGAGGUAUUACGGGAAGAAGAAUUUGCACCGGUGAAAAAUGCAAAUGGAUCCAAUGUUGACACUCCAGACAGUGCAAAACUGCUUGUUCUUCGACUCCAUACUCGAUGGGUAGUCGCUGCAGGUGGCUUCUUAACACAUUCAGUGCCCUUAUAUGCAACCGGUGUUGAAGUGUCACCACUCUGUUCGUAUACUGGUGAAAACCUGGAACCUAUAUGUCGAGGAAGAACAUUUCAUGCACCUUGUGAGAUCACAUUCUAGUUCCACCGUUCGUUCGUGCGGCUUUGCUGUGACCUACACUACCAUGAGGGAGUUCUCAGUUCCAUACGUGUUGCAAUAUUAAUUUGGGCAUGUCACUCAUCAUUCACUUGUAUCAAUGUAUAUUAUCUUCUCCAAUCUGUUUCUGAUUGGCUUUUGUUUUUUUUUUUAUUUUUUGGUUUUCUCUUUUUUGCCACUGAUCUGUUCUAGUAUUGCUGAGGAAUGUACAUGUAUCAUAAUUUUACCGAGCAUUUAUUUGCCCAAGCAGACUCAAAUAUAUCGCCCCAUUUCCAAAUUAA